AUGUCCUCAGCUGUUGUAGGAGAGACACCAGACCUGGAACCCAGUUUGUUACUGGACUUGUGGAAGAGGAAACACAAAGAUUUCCAAAUGAAUAACCGAAAGGAAGAUAUGGAGAUUGCUUCCCACUACCGUCACCUGCUGCGGGAGCUUAACGAACAGCGACAGCACGGCAUCCUCUGCGACGUUUGCAUUAUCGUGGAAGGGAAGAUAUUUAAGGCUCACAAAAACGUCCUGCUUGGGAGUAGUCGCUACUUCAAAACCCUCUACUGCCAGGUGCAGAAAACCUCCGACCAGGCCACGGUCACCCACUUGGACAUUGUCACGGCGCAGGGCUUCAAAGCAAUCAUUGACUUCAUGUACUCCGCACACCUAGCGCUGACCAGCCGGAACGUCAUCGAGGUGAUGUCAGCCGCCAGCUACCUGCAGAUGACGGACAUCGUGCAGGCCUGUCACAAUUUCAUCAAGGCGGCUCUGGACAUAAGCAUCAAGUCGGAUGCCUCGGACGACCUCGUGGAUUACGAGCUUGGAGCCCCUUCCAGCAGCAGCACGGAUGCUCUGAUUUCGGCGGUGGUGGCUGGCAGGAGUAUAUCCCCUUGGUUAGCUCGGCGGACGAGCCCGGCAAACUCCUCUGGAGACUCGGCCAUUGCCAGCUGCCACGAAGGAGGGAGUAGUUACGGCAAAGAGGAUCAGGAACCAAAAACGGACAGCCACGAAGACAUUUCAUCCCAGUCUCUUUGGUCUAGUGACAUGGGCUAUGGGUCUUUACGGAUCAAAGAGGAGCAGGUUUCACCGUCGCAUUAUGGAGGGGGUGAACUGCAUUCGGCCAAGGAUAGUGCAAUACAGAGCGUGUUCUCGGAGCAAGGAGUGGGGGACGGCUGGCAGCCCUCUGGGCGCAGGAAGAACCGGAAAAAUAAAGAAACUGUGCGGCACAUCACCCAGCAAGUGGAGGAUGACAGCAGGGCGAGCUCUCCGAUGCCCUCUUUUUUACCUGCCUCAGGGUGGCCGUACAGCAGUCGAGACCCAG